GUCACUUGUCAGUGGGGACAGAAUGGAGAGCACCUUGCUCUGUUUGCUACUAGUGCUGAGUACACACAUCUACUCUGGACACUCUGAAGAUGAUGAUGGACAGGCAAAGGCUGAUCUGACCAUACACCCCAACUCAUCCCAGAUAUUCAGUGGAGAGUCUGUUACUCUCAGAUGUAACAUACAGAGGGGAGAAGUCACUGACUGGAAAUACACAUGGCGCAAGGAUGUCAUAAACUCCCACAGUAGGGAGCAUGAAUAUGAGAUCAGUGAGGUUAAGAUGUCAGACAGUGGUGACUACUGGUGUCUGGGUACACAUAUUGAUCAGAAGAAGCAUUCUAAGUGGAGUGAUACAGUCAGACUGACGGUGACAGCUCUGCCUACAGCCUCAGUGAAGAUAGUCACUACCCAGGAACCACUGUACUCCGGAGACACAGUCAAGCUGCAGUGUGACAUAUCAGACUACACAGACUGGACGUACCACUGGUUAAUAAAUAAAGAACGGCUUUCCAGUCACACCAGUAAAACCACCACCAUCUUUCUCUCUGACCAGGCUGGUCAGUACCAGUGUGAGGGGACAAGGACAAGAUGGCCCCAGAUGUCAUAUCUCAGCUCAUCUCUCCACAUCAGCGUCACUGCUCUGCCUGAAACUACACUGACCGUAAAUCCAAACCCUGCAUACACUGGAGAGAUAGUAACUCUGACGUGUUCAGUGGGGUCUGACAGUGACUGGAGCUAUACAUGGUACAAAGACAAAACCAAGAAAGUCGUGACCUUGUCUGGCAGACACACUACAACAGGAGCCACCUUCACCAUCAGUAGAGCUGCUGAGUCUGACCAGGGCCUCUACUGGUGUCAGGGAGAGAUCCAGUCCAGAUCCAUAUCAUCAAUCAUCAGUGAUCCUGUCACUAUCACUGUGAAAGCCCUGCCCAAAGCUACACUGACCAUAAAUCCAAACCUUGUGUACACUGGAGAGACAGUAACUCUGAUGUGUUCAGUGGGGUAUGACAAUGCCUGGAGCUAUACAUGGUACAAAGACAACACUAAGAAAGUAGUGCCCCAGUCUGACAGACACACUACAACAGGAGCCACUUUCACCAUCAGUAGACCUGCUGUGUCUGACCAGAGCCUCUACUGGUGUCAGGGAGAGAUCCAGUCCAGAUCCAUAUCAUCAAUCAUCAGUGAUCCUGUCAAUAUCACUGUGAUUGAUAGACCUGUGGCUGUUCUGACCCUCCAACCCAACUGGCCUCAGAUAUUCAGUGGAGAGACUGUCACACUCAGAUGUGACAUACAGGGAGGAAAAGGGAUUGAGUAUGCUUUUUAUAACAGUGGGAAGUUGUUCUACUGGAAAACAGAGCCUGAGUACAGAAUCAGUCCUGCAAAGAAUGGUCUAUAUACCUGUGAAGGUCUUCAGAAAAUCAAUGGCUUAAAACACUCCGAGACAAGUAAUGCUAUACAAUUGACCGUGUUAGAGAAACCCCAAGCUGUCCUGAGUGUCUCUCCUCAGUUGCUGAACCCUGGAGACUCAGUUACUCUGAGCUGUGGGGUUAAAGAGUCAUCUACAGGCUGGAGGUUCUUCUGGUACCGAACUGUUCCCUACAGAGCUGGGUUACCCUCCCUAUUGGACAGGUCCUACUCUGUAGAGCCUCUAUCUGGCAAUGGGACUACUGAAGACUCCUACACUCUGAUCCCUGCUGGUCCUAAUCACACAGGAGGAUAUGUGUGUAGAGCUGGGAGAGGAGACCCAGUCUAUGACACACUCUACAGUGAACCUCAGUUUCUCUGGUCAGGAGACCUGCAUCCUUCAGUGUCUCUCAGAAUAAGACCCAACAGAACUCAACACUUUACAUCAAAGUCUUUCUCACUGAGCUGUGAGGAGAAGGGGAACUCUACUGGAUGGAGACUGAAGAGAUACAGAGAGAGAGGAGUGGAGUCAGGGUGUGGCUCUAACUGGGGAUCAAUAGCAGGGUCCACAUGUACCAUCAGGUCCACACUUGAAAAGGACAGUGGAGUGUACUGGUGUGAGUCUGCAUCAGGAGAGUACAGUAAUGCUGUCAACAUCAGAGUGGCUGCUAGUGCUGUGAUCCUGGAAAACCCUGCCUAUCCCAUGACUGAGGGAGUCUCUGUGACUCUGCGCUGUACAAAUAGAUAUCAGGAAACAAACCCAAACCCCAAGGUUGAUUUCUACAAAGAUGGAGUACUCAUCAGGAAUGAGACCACAGGAGAGAUGACCAUCCCUGCAGUAUCCAAGUCAGAUGAAGGCUUAUAUAAGUGUAAAUCUACUGAAGGAGAAUCACCAGAGAGCUGGGUGACAGUGAGAGGCAUAACUCCUGGACCCUCUACAUCAGUCCUAGUAGUAGUGGUUGUGGGCCUGGUUGUUGCUGGUGUUCUACUGGCCAUUCUCCUGGUACUGCUUUGUCGAUAUAAAAACGCCAAAGGUUCCUGUUGUAACAGGAUAUUCUCGCCCCCCCAGCCACACAGCACCAACCUGGACCCCCAACAGGACCAAGGAUCUACCCAGGGCCAGGCUCCUGAUGCUGGGUACACACGUCUGCAGCAUGGUGGCGCUAACAUCUACGAUACAAUCACUCCCUCAGACAAUAAUGACAAUGAUGCUGCUGCUGCUACUGCUGGACCAAGUGAUGUGAUGUACGCUCAGAUUCAACUCAAAAAGUUGGACAAGAAAAAGAAAAAAAAGCCAGCUGAUCCAAAAGAAAAUCCAGUCUAUUCUGAGGUCAAGACAGGGAAGGCCACAGCAGCAACUGGACCUGUUGAUGUGACCUAUGCUGAGGUUGACCUUAAACAGAAGGCCAAAGCCAAGAAGAAGAAAGUUAAGACUAGAAAUCCCUCCUUCCAUAUUCCCCCUAUCAUAACCUCACACCUCUUUGAACCCAUAUUGACUAGCUGUAUAUUAUUAUGUAUAUAACUGUUCUAUUAUUCUGAUGUUUAUCCUCACCCCUUACAGAAACAGAAACCCCACCUGAGGCAGAUUCGGUCUAUUCUCAAGUGAAGCCAGUCACAGCCCCAGAUAAGACUAAUAGCCAUGUGCUAUUGAUACUUAAUAUGAUACUAAUAUGGAACUAUUUCUCUGAAGUAUAAUGUAUGUAUUUAAAGUAUGUAUUUUUGUUUGAUUCUUAAGAGUUUGUUUGACUGCAUGUCCUAAACAACUUUGUGUGGUGAUAUGUUGCAGGUCCUUGAGGGGGGCAAGGAUGGA